GUCGAUAUUAUUUGCCCUUUUGAUUGACUGCUUCUCCACACCCUAAACGAGCUUUUCUAACCGAGGGAUUUUCUCGGUCCAUUUGCAGCCGUUCGAUAUGGUUGGCGUUGUAAGUCAUUACAAUAUAAUGCGACGUAGAGGAUCCUUUCCAUGAACUCAAAUGCGGAUUGAAACCCAGAAACAAUUCGGUAACUCUAAAACCCUAAUCGGCCCGUCUCUUCCUCUCUCUCUCUUGUUCUCUCACAAAACAAGCAACCGCCCACCAGAAAAAAGGAUGAAUAAAGAGAGGUUGAUGAAAAUGGCUGGUGCGGUUCGCACCGGAGGAAAGGGGAGCAUGCGAAGAAAGAAGAAGGCUGUUCACAAAACAACCACCACAGAUGAUAAAAGGCUGCAGAGCACCUUGAAGAGAAUUGGGGUGAACACAAUUCCAGCUAUUGAAGAAGUAAACAUUUUCAAGGACGAUGUAGUUAUCCAAUUUGUAAAUCCAAAAGUUCAAGCUUCCAUUGCUGCUAACACUUGGGUCGUUAGCGGUUCUCCUCAAACAAAAAAAUUACAAGACAUUUUACCUGGUAUUAUUAACCAGCUGGGACCAGAUAACUUGGACAACCUGAGGAAGCUUGCAGAGCAGUUUCAAAAGCAGACACCGAAUUCUGGUGCUGGAGCAGCUCCAGAGGAUGAUGAUGAUGAUGAUGUUCCAGACCUGGUGGCGGGUGAGACAUUUGAAGCAGCAGCUGAAGAUGCUCGUGCUUCAUAGGCAUGCUGUUGCCCCUGCUCUCUAUAUCUUCUCAACUUCCAUGUUUGGUUUCCUUUUAAUUUAUUCUAUAGUUCUUCCUAGAUGAUUUCUGUUUUAUGCUUUCCUUCUCAUCUCAACUGGGCUGUUCUUUGACUUGCACUACUCCGUGACAAAGUUGAUAGAACCUGUUAUAAUGCUGUGAUUAAGGCCUGCAAAACUGUUGCUCUUUCGCAUGUACUAGAACUCUGAAAGGUUUUAUUGAGGAUAAAUUUUUUU